AUGGACAUUCCCAACCAGAUCCAGGGUCCAUCUUCUUCGACCACGCUACGGCGUCUCACCGCUCAUCAUGGAGCAUCAUCGAGUGUAAACCGCGAUGAUCAACGUUACGAGUUUGGUUCUUUUCCGACUGGGUUCAGGUUCCGUCCGAAAGAUAGGGAGCUCGUUGAUGCCUACUUGAUGAGGAAGGUGCUCAACCUGCCAAUGCACAGAAGCAAUAUCGCCGACGUCAACAUCUAUGACUACAACCCUUUUGAUCUUGCAGAGAUAUUCAAGGAGUGUGGGGAGAGAGAGUGGUAUUUUUUCACACCAAGGGAUAAGAAAUACCCAAAUGGAAGUCGACCAAGUCGAAGGGCUGGUAAUGGAUACUGGAAAGCAACUGGAGGUGACAAGGAUAUCAGAAACGAUAACGAUGAUGUUAUAGCGAAGAGAAAGGUUCUUGUUUUCUAUAUGGGGAAACCGAUGAAAUCAGGCGGGAAAACCAACUGGAUCAUGCAUGAAUAUCGACUCUGUAACUCUCCUGCUCCCACUCGCCAAGGUCACAACAACAUGAGGUUGGAUGAUUGGGUUUUAUGUCGAAUUUACCAGAAGAUUAGACAAAACACGAGAGCCCGCAACAGGGAGAACGAGGAGGAUGAGAAUGAGAACGAGAAUGAAAAUCCAAGGGGGAGAGAGGAAAAAGGUGAUCAACGACUCAUUGAAGUUCAAAUCUCCAAUCCUGCCCCAUUGGAUCACCAGUUGAGGACCUUCAAUAUUCAUGGCCAACAACCUCAGAUGUUGCCUUUUGCUUUCCGGCCACCCGUAGUUGUUCCAAUCGCCAUGAUGCCCGCAGCUCCAACCCCCGCACCAACAAUGGAGGCUCCACAAAUUCCUGCGCAAGAAAUUGAGGUUCCAGAUAACAUUUUUGCUACUCAGUUUUAUUUGGAAAACCCGGGUCUAUUUUCCUCUCUAAACUUUCAGGACAAUGAUUGGAUCUUCAGUAAUGGCGACUCUGGUAAUGUACAUUCAGAUUUUAGUUACAUGCACAAUUCGCGGGAUAAUAUAAGCAACAGGUUUCCUUCUUCGGCACCCGGCAGUUCACCUCGACUUGGCAAAUAG